GGAAAGCUGAUGCCGAGAAGCAGGCAGGCAGGCAGUGCCCAGAGGAGCGCAAAAGAGGAGGCUGGUCAAGAAGCGCCAAGGCGGCCGCAGCCAUGAGAUCGGCUCCCAGGUGCUCUGCAGGGGCAAGGAGCCGUCAGAGGGAACCCUAACUCAGACGUGCUCCGAAGCGUUGGCUGAGCCCGAACCGCUAAGAUGUGUCGCCUGGAUAACCUGGACCCCAGCAGCACCCAGAAACUCUUGAUGAAAACUGGACUCAUCUUGAUCGUCAUCGGCCACCUGAACUUCAUCACUGGAGCUCUGGUUCAUGGGACGGUGCUGCGUCACAUCGCCAACCCGCGGGAUACCAUUUCGCUGCAGUACGCCAUCUCCAACAUCAUCACCGUGAUCUCUGCCAUCUUGACAAUCUCCUGUGGAAUAGCAGCAAUUGUGCUCUCCAGAUACGUCUCCCGGAAAUUCCUGCGAUGGGCGGUUUUCUCCCUCAGCAUCAGCAGCGUCCUCCUCUCGCUGUUCUGCUCCGUGGGGCUGGCGGUCGCGAUUGUCGUCACCUUUGCCAACAAGGGCCGCGUCCUCCUGGCUUUGUGCACCUUUGCGAAUAUGGACUUGAUCCAGAUUGCCCACGAGUGCCCCUUCGACCCCACCCGCGUCUAUAGUUCUGCGCUGGCGCUCUGGAGCCUCUCCUUUCUCCUGGACACCGUGGAGAUCAUCUUCAGCAUCCGCUGCUUUCUGAUCACUCUCGUGCUUCUGAAUCUGAGGCUGUGCCGAAGGGGGACGCGGAAGAAAAAGGUCUCCCUGCAGUUCGCCAUGGCCGAGAACAGAGAAGCCUGUGAGGGCCGCGAUCUCCUGAGGAUGGACCGCGUGGAGGCCGUGUGGCUCUAGCGGCCCAUCGUUGCUGCCCGGGCAGUGGUGGUUCUUGGGGAAGUGCCAUGGGCCCUGGUGCAGCGCCUUCCCCAUGGCUUCCUCUCAGCUUCACCACGUGCCCCCCCCCCACACUGGUCAAGACAGCGGGGGGGGGGGCAUGCGCUUGCCAUCAGAAUGGAAUGGGGGCCAGGACUUGGCAACUGGACUACAGAAGAGGGAGAGCCAUUUCCGUUCCUCCCCAGAGGCGCAAACCUUUUACUGCUAUAAGUAGCGCUCCAGUGCACUGGACUGAAAAACCUCUCCCAAGCUCUCCGCUUCUUCCAAACAAAGGGAGCGGCUGAGCCUGAAGGGCCGACGCUCCAGACUUCGGCUCCUGUGAGCAUCUGAAAGGACUCCGUGGGCUACUGCACGGAGACCCCAAGGAACCCUUUCCCUUGGAAGGUGUUAAAAAGAAAACCUGCCCACGCUCCCCUCUGCUCUAGCAUGCACUCUGAUGAUGGAUGGACCUCGCAGGCCGAAAGCACGGCUUGUACGAUUGGGUGGAGCGGUGCCGUUCUCCUCUACAGCGCACCAGCUAUGAUCCUCUCAGCCAUGAGGGGGAAAAGUCACCACAAGGUGACUGCAGUUCCCUGGUUUAGCAAGUCAGCCUUCUACAUGGCCAGCGUGAGGAGGAAGGUGGGGGCGGCCGCAGCGUGGGGCUGCAAGCCGGAGAUUCAUCAACUAAUGCUUUCUUUGACUAAUUGGAGGGGGCAAAUUUUGACUGGAGGGGCUGCAAUUCUUUGAGAUUUGGGUUCUGGUGGAUGAAAGGAAAAAAAGUUGGGAAGACCUGCCUUUCCUUCUAAUAAGGAGCCGGUAGCAUUUGUUUACGGCAUUGUAAAUUAAAUUUUCGCUGUCUUCAAGAGGGCAAAAGGGCAUCUGUACUGAAGUUUGGUGACUAUGCAAAUCGAUUUACAUUAAACAAUUAAUGGGUUAAAAGAGAACUGA